AUGAGUGUGGUGACGGAUUUGGUGUUCGCGCUGUUGAAGCGCGAAGCGGAGGAGCCGGAUACUGAGGAACCUACCGAUCCCGGCGAAUCGGAAAUAAUAUCAUCAUGGGCGUUAUUUAUCCAGGUAUCGCUACUGAUAUUAGCACUGUUCUGCAGUUACUAUCUGCAGCUGAAGAAGAUACAGGCGGUGCACGAGACUGUGGUGUCGAUUUUUGCGGGUAUGUUCGUGGGGCUGUUAAUCAGGGUCACUCCUGGUGACAAUAUUCAAAACCUUGUCAAAUUCGACUACCAGAUCUUCUUCAAUGUACUUUUACCACCGAUUAUUCUCAACUCGGGUUAUGAGCUGCAUCAAGCGAAUUUCUUCCGGAAUAUAGGCUCGAUUUUGACGUUUGCGUUUGCUGGGACUUUUAUUUCGGCAGUAGUUCUAGGAACCAUAGUAUUCAUCUGGUCUUGGGGACCUCUAGAGACGCUUGAUAUCUCCUACGUUGAAGCUAUUGCAGUUGGCGCGACCCUUUCCGCGACGGACCCUGUUACUAUUCUCGCUAUAUUCAACACAUAUAAAGUGGAUCCGAAGCUUUAUACUGUGAUUUUCGGAGAGAGUAUCUUGAACGAUGCAGUUGCUAUUGUCAUGUUCGAGACUGCCCAACGUUUCCACGGAGCUGGACAUGGGCCAGCAAGUGUUGGAAGUCUGUUCAAGGGUAUCGGGAUUUUCUUCAUUGUCUUCACCGUGAGGAUCGUAUCACUACUAUUUUGCGGUAUCACACUCAAACAUUACGCUUAUUACAACAUGUCCCGCCGAACUCAGCUCACCACGAAAUACCUCUUCCAAGUUCUCGCUCAGCUUUCCGAGAAUUUUAUCUUCAUUUACCUCGGCCUUUCACUCUUUACUGACACCCAGCUUGUCUUCCGCCCUCUCUUCAUCCUCGUUACUACAAUCGGUAUCUGCGUUGCUCGUUGGGCUGCAGUGUUUCCUCUCUCUAAACUCAUCAAUUUUGUCAUUCGCUCCCGUGCAAGAGCACGCGGACAAACCGCGGCCGAUGAACUCCCGCACUCAUAUCAAGCUAUGCUCUUUUGGGCCGGACUUCGUGGAGCUGUCGGUGUAGCCCUCGCUGCCGGUAUUACUGGCGAGAACGGGAACCCACUCCGAGCAACCGUCCUUGUCGUCGUCGUGCUCACUGUCAUCGUCUUUGGUGGUACCACAGCUCGAAUGCUUGAGAUUUUAGGCAUUCGUACAGGCGUAGUGGAAGAAAUAGAUUCUGAUGAUGAGUUUGAUAUCGAAACCGUUGGCCCCUACUUCAAGUCUCCCCGCGGAGGCAUGGGUCCCAAUUCUGUUCCCUUGUCCAAUGUUGACAGCGGCAUCUACGCGUCUGGUCAACGAGGCAUCUCCCCAGACACACAAGAUACACCGCUUGGUAGGCGCGGCCGACGGGAACCGGAGCUUCUGCGCACGGAUUCGAAUGAUAGCGAUGCUGAUAGUGAUAUCGAUGAUCUGCCGCCUAUGAUACCGACCACCGUACGCCCCCGUGGGGCAUCCAUAACUAGAACUGCAAGUGCAAGUGGGAACGGCGAAGGUAGCAGUACUCAGGCGCAAACGCAGACACAGGCUGCGAGCAUAGGUAUCACGGCUGGAAGCGCAUUCAAUAGUUUAACAGGUAUAUUUUCCGGGACUAGCGACGACCAGGCAGAGUGGUUCCGGAAACUGGAUGAGGGUUACAUCAAGCCUACACUGCUGCUGGACCCGGGGAAGGGUAAUGGGGGUGGGAACGGUUAUAGGGGCCCAGGGGCUGUUUAA